AUUGUAGAAAGCAUAAUAUAGAUGUACAUCCUUAUAUCUGAAUAAUAAUCAUAAAUAAUCAAUUGGAAUAAUAAUAAAUUGAUGUUACCAUGGUAUCAAACAAUUGCUUAGCAACGAUUUUUAGAAAUUCUUUAAACAUCUUAUGGGUGGUCUGAUAAUAAAAGUCAAUGUUAAAAGUGUUAAAAAUGUCAAGGGUGGAAGAACUUCAAUUGAGUGAGAUUUGUUUUUCAUUCCAAUGCCAGGAGAAAAAUAAGCGAUUAAGGGCAUUGGAAAAAUUUAAAAAAAUAAUCUCUAGCAGUGAGAAGGAAUGGUCCAACAGUGAAAUGUCGGAAAUGUGGCAAAUCAUGAGUAAACAUAUUGCAAAGCAGUUGACAGAUCCGUCGGAAUCUUGUAGAAACUUGUCCAUUGAAAUAACGAAAACAAUGCUAGAGUCUCUUCCAGAUUUGGGGAAAAAUAUAAUAUACUUGAUACCAGUGUUAGUGCAACGCUUGGCAUCUCAAGAAAUCCGUGAACCUUCCGAAGAAGUCAGGCUGAAUUGUGUCAUUCUACUUCGAGUAAUAAUUAGAAAGUAUAAUGAACAUUUGCCAGUAUACAUUGAUGAUAUGAUGGCAAUCCUUGCAAAAACCGUUAUUGAUGAUUAUCCAAAAAUUAAAAGUGAGAGCUGUGAAGCUAUUUCAGAAUUGGCAAAGAGCAUUCCGGCCCAAUUUUAUACGAAAAGUGAGAGCAUUGUUAAGCCCAUAUUGAGUAAUUUUACACAUCAACAUUAUCGAAUUCGAAUGGCGAGUGUCAAGACAAUUGGCAAUGUCUUACUCUAUGGAAAUAACAAAUCCUUAGAGGAUGUAACUACUUGCAUGGCUGCAAGAUUGUUCGAUCAAAGUGGAGCUGUUAGAAAUGCUGUUAUUGAAGUUGCUGGUAAUUGGUUGUUGAACCUUCGAGAUCGAUACAGCUGGUGGUUCAAACUUAUACCACUCCUUUUGACUGGACUUCAUGAUGAAAUUGAAGCCAUUCGACUGAAAGCUAAUAAUUUAUGGAAUUCCACGGGUAGACAGUAUUUACAAGAAAAUGAAUCAGAUGAUAAAAUAAAGGAUAAAUUGGAUUAUUUAACUUUUCCACCCGAGCAUUAUCCUCCAAACAUUGAAAGAUCAAACUUGGGAUGUCGAAUAAUUGUCCAACAAAACAUUGGUAAAUUGAUCGGUGGAAUAUGCAGCGAACUGGACGAUUGGCUGGCUGACAUUCGAGUUAGAUCAGCUCAAUUAUUAGCAGUUGUAAUUUUGAAUGCAGAGCAGGAUACAAUUCAACAUAUAGAAAAGCUCUUACCAUCAAUGUAUAAAGCUUGUGCCGACGAAGAUGACAGAGUAACUGUCAAUGUCGUCACUGCUGCUGAAUAUAUGGGACAUUUUGUGCCUCCUCAAACGUAUUGCCGUCUAGUUCUUCCAACUCUUGAGGAUGGAAACAUUCAUUUUGGGCAUUUAGCAUUUUUUGCUGCAAUUCUUCGUGGUAGCCAACGUGGACUACUCUCCAAAGAAUUGAAAACCAUUGCCAAUUUUUUACAGCAAACAUAUAUUUGCCGAAGUAAGAAGGCGAAUUAUCAGCAGGAACUCUUAAAAUGCUGCCAAGCUCAGUUGGAAGUUUGUCAAGAGGAUUGCACUAGUAUAUCACAGGAGCUUUUUAUCACUAUAUUCACUGUAUGGUCAAUGUCAAACAACCAAAGUACUCAAGAUUUUGCACGACAACUCUUACAGACGCUCGCUAAAAUGACAAAUGUCAAAACUCUACAAGAUUUAUAUAUACUACAUGUGCCAUCACUUCUACAUGAUAUAAAAAAUACACCAAAUACUUGGACAGUACAUAGUGGAGAAUUAAAUAUUUUUCAACUGUGCUCGUCAGAAGCGAAUAUUGCAACGUUGGAGAAUGUUGAUGUUGUUUUGCCAAUUUUAAGAGUAGCAAUGAGCCAAGAUUCGGAUAUAGAAUUGAAAUUAAAACUUUUCAUUGUUGUAUCAGAAUUAUUACAGCAUCGAGGUGUAUGUUUAAUGAAAAGAAGAAAAGAAGAUUUGAAUGGAUUUCUUGUUGAGUUUUUGAGUGAUAUACUGAUGCCAUGUUUAGUAUGGGUGGCAGGAAGAUCAGCAGAAGCACUUAGAACAGCAGCUAUUGGAUGUCUAUGUUCACUUUUGGACGAAUCACCUGGCAAACAAAUCGACACAUUCGAGUCUCACGAGUGCAAAGAAGAGAUGGACACUAUUUUUUCAAAUAAACAAUUAUUUUUAUCUAUUUUUAAACAAGUCAGGCCCAUUCUCAUAUCUCUAAUUGAUGACAAUUCGCGCAAGACAAGAUUAUUUGCUCUCCGUGCAAUAUAUUUAAUGAUUAAGAAUGCAUCGAAAAUAUUUUCUAUUACUGAAGAGGAUAUUAUUGAAAUUUAUCCUGCAAUCGUGCGAAGAUUAGAUGAUGGCUGUGACGACGUUAGAUUUGCAGCUACUGAAACAUUAGUUUUUGUGUGGAAAGUCUCGAAGAAUCAUAAUCUCAACGUGGGGAAGAGUCAUAUUAAUUAUCUUUAUACAUCCAUCAUUGUCCAUUUGGAUGAUCCAGAAGAGCGUUUUCACGCUUUAAUGUUAGAUGCAAUGAUGACACUUGCUGAAAUUCAUCCGAAAAUGCUUGCUGAUAAAAUUGAAAAAUGCAAAAUCAAUUUCCGCAAUCAAGUGGAAUUGGAAAAACUCCAAGAUAAAUGUCAUCUCUUAAUAAAUAGAGGAACAGAGCAGUAGUGACGGAUGUUUUUGUGUUGUUUCUCCGUAUACAUUUUUAAUAUAUUUAAAAGUAUUGAUUGAUG